UAUAUCACGGGAGACUAGCGCUCCGUAGACAAGUUGGACGAUGGAGCAGGCGGCGGACCACAUUAUUCCUGCCGGCUUACCGCCAUUAUCGGCUAAUGAGGUUGAGUUAUUGGUGCCUAAUUUUCGGCGUAAGAUAAUUACUCCGGUAUCGCAGUUACAGGCCAAUGGUGACCCUGAGAACAAGCUUCGUGAGUUGGCAAACUUGAACAUUUAUUCUGAUUGGAAGGAUCUUCCUAAUAUGAGAUUUCGUCUUAUGUUAUUCCCUGUUUGUCCUCACAGUGACAGCGGCAAUACUAUUUCCGACAUUCGGAUAUCUGCCUAUAUUGAGUGUGCUCCAAAGGACGACUGGCCUGAGAACUGGAUAUGUUACGGUACUCGUUUUUGCAUUUUUGUGAUUCACAUGAAUGACAUUCAAAUGUCACUUUAUAAGAAGGAUACUUUUAACUUUUCUUCUACUGAGUCUGACCGUGGUUGGCAGGGUUUCAUUACUCACCAGCAGAUUAUAGACGGUGGUUUUUUGAACAAGAAUGGCGAUUUACUUUUGCGUGGUGGUGUUUAUCCUAUGGGUGCUGAGGUGAAUCGUGCUUCUCGUGACCACACAUAUGACUGUCGUAAGGCUACAGGUUUCGUUGGUUUGCAGAAUCACGGCGCCACGUGUUAUAUGAAUGCUCUUUUACAGAGUUUAUAUAGCAUUACUAAAUUUAGGAAGACUGUAUAUCUUUUAAAUUUCCGACCUGAUGAGAUGAUAGGCCGCCGUUCAUACGAUAUCAUGAAGCGAUUAGACAGGUCUGCUGGCGGUGCCUCCCAUACAUCGUCUUACACAGACACAUACAAAAACAGCAAACGAAAGACGCAUGACACUAGCGGUUCGAUAAAUGACCAGGACACCGAUUUAGAGGUCGUUGAGGACCCAAUUCCCGAUAUGGACCUUGACGAGAACGAGUGUUGCGCUAUAUUGAUAGAGGAGGAAGAGGAGAAGAAGAAGGUUCCCAGUGUCAGUUUGGCGUUACAGAAUUUAUUUUACAAGUUGCGAUAUGCCCCUUAUGCUCCUCCUUGCAAGGAAUUGAUGCGUUCAUUUGGUUGGGAUUCCUCUGAUAUGUUUACUCAGCAGGACUCCCAUGAGUUAUUGAAGCUAUUGCUUGACAAGAUGGAGGAGCAGAUGAAGGGCACGCCUGUGGAAGGCUCUGUUAAGAACAUGUUUGAAGGGGAGAUGGAGACCUACAUUGAGUGCAUUGACAUACAGUACAAGUCAUGUCGUGUUGAGACUUUUGAGGACAUUCAACUUGAUAUUCAGGGUUGUUCUGACAUUUACGAAUCACUUCGUAAGUUGACUGAGGCUGAGAUUCUUGAUGGUGAGAACAUGUAUGAGGCUGAGGGUCAUGGUAAGCAGCGUGCUCGUAAAGGCAUUCGUUUUUUGAAAUUCCCACCCACUUGUGUAUUUUUGUUGAAGCGCUUUACUUUUGACUUACAGCGCAUGGACACUGUCAAGUUAAACGACCGUUUUGAGUUUUAUAAAGAGAUCGAUCUAUCUCCAUUUUGUUCUUCUGGUGGCAAGUAUGUUCUUCAGGCUGUAUCGGUUCACCACGGUUCUAUAAACAGUGGUCAUUACUAUGCCUUUGCUGCAUCUAGCAAUGGUGAAUGGUAUCGUUUUGACGACGAGACCGUUUGCAAGGUCAGUGAGUACGCAGUUAUUGGUGACAACUUUGGUGGUGAGGAGCCUGAUUGUUAUAACUACUGUGAAUCAGAGGACAACGCAUCCGUAAAAGCGUUUCGUCGUCCUAAGAACUACAACGCCUAUAUAUUAAUAUAUGUCCUCAAGGAUGCGGUUGAUGACAUUUUGGGUCCUUGUGAUCCUGUUAAGGAACACUACAGCAUGAUAACUCGCUGCUCUUUGGAGGAACGUCUGUAUAACUUACGUCACCGUGUGCGCGAACGUCUCAGUCAUUUUAUUAAAGUCAAGGUAUUUGAUAAAAGUGACUUUGUAGGCCUCAAGUUUUUAGAUCAGCCUUUUAUGGGUUGGUUGGGUGGCAAGACAAUUACCUUUGCUCGUUCCACAAGUCUUUCGGAUGCCUUGCAUCAGUUGAGCAUCGCUCUGGACAUUGGUAUCAGUGAUGGCAAGGGUCCUGACAACUAUUUCAUUAUGGGAUUGAACAAGGCUACCAAUCGUUUUGGCUGUUUAUCUGAAAUUCGUACUUCACACAAUGGCGGGAGUGAUACUUUGCACUGGUUGAUUUCCCUUAUACAUCGUGAUGCAUUCCAGGUAUAUGACCCUACUCUCUAUCUUCUUUACGUCCCAAGGCCUCCACGCCAAUCCGUGGUCACUCCACCUCAGAUUUUGGUUUUUGUGAAGUACUUUGACAUAUUUUCUGAUCACCCUGAUGGUGACGGUUUGAUUUGUGUGGAUGUAACUUAUGUUUCUACAAAUCGAUGCAUUUCUCAGAUAUCUGGCACUGUGCUACGUAAGGUCCUAGAUAUGAUGAAACAGAACCAGGUGACUCCAUACAAUGUAUCUGGUAUAUCACGUUGUAUUUCCAGGAUCGAUUCCCUGGACACCGUGGAGAGCUCUAUCUCCGAUAUGGACACGGCUGUGGAGAAAAUUAUGCACGAUGAAUCGCUACACUUGAACUGGUAUGUAGAGCUAUCAAGUCUUUACGAUGCAGUGGCACUGAACAAAACUCUGGGCGACCAGAAGCUUGCUCAUGGCAACCUAUUGGUUUGCAACUUCCGCCCUACUGAAUCCAUGCGCCGUGCUAUAGAGGAGGCCGACUCUAAGUUUACUCAAAAGGAGGACUUUGAGCCCACGGUUCCUAUUAUAAGCGACUAUGGCAAUGGUCCAUUUUCAUAUCAGUCAGGCGACUUGGGUGCUGGCGCACCCACAUCACUCCCUAACCUGGACCACACUAGCGUAAUGAGGGAAUUACAGUCCCGCUGGGCUAUGGUUGCUGAUAAGGAGGUGAUCAGAUACCAGAAGGUCAACAUUUUCCCGAUAUAUGACUUUCCCAGUUACAUCGAUUGGCGUUUGAAUGUUGUAAAUAUAACUUUCAAGCUCUAUAAUCCCUUGGAACAACUCGGUGCUUGGACUAACUGUUGCACAUCUCCUGUGAAAUCGGACAGUAACAUCUCGGAUAGCAAUGCUGCCUUUGACGAGUCUAAUACAGUGAUGGGUCCUAUAAGGACUAUGCAAUUUACCCUAGACCUUCGGGUUCCCUGUAAACACGCUUUAAGGUAUAUCUGUUGGUCCAUGGGAGUUGACCCCGCCCAUGUAUUAUUCUACUCCCAUCAUCCUUUGAAAUUAGAAUCAAUUUGGAUAUCUCCAGUGUCGCUUGACGACUUUUGCAAUCGUGAUGGAUCUCUUGGUUUUGUUCAGAAGCCUCUUUCGGACUUGUUUGUAGCCCUUGGCAAAUCAGUGCGUCACGAUCCGGAAUAUCCCGAUGCGGUGAUGCGUUCCGGCAGCAUUAAUAGCAAUGCAGCCGUUAGCGACCACAGUCUUGAAAGUGACCGUAAUCCGGAUUAUAAUACCGAGGUAAUUACUGAUUCAUAUGACCAUCCGUUGCCUACUGGUCAGAUAAUAACUCUUCCCAGUAACAACGACUCGUCUACUGACUGCGUCGACAGCGUUAGAACAUCUCGUUCCGCUGACGCUGGGUUAAGCAGUGCGGCGGUAACCGCGUUUAAUAACAAUGUCGUUAAGGAGAACAACGUCAUAUCCAUGGCCGUAUUUCCUCUGUGCUAUGCCGAGUUAUUGAAAAAGUGCACUAUCACAUCGCUAACCUUUGUUGUACAAGUAUUCAACACUCGGGUUGAAUCGGUUGGUGUUUGUAUGGGUCAUGUUCCCGUGGACAUUACAGUCCACGAUUUCUGCGAGGUGGUAGCUCGACAUAUGAAACUGGACACUUCUAUCCGUUGGCGCAUGAUUGAGACUAUUACUGACUCUUUUGCUGUAGUGGACCCUUCCAGUUUAUUGGGUGAGCUUCCUCAAUAUGUGAAUGCCAACAUAAGGAAUCUGUUGUCAGCUCCUCUUCGUAUUGAGCCAGACUGGUCUUUGGAGGAGCAGGAGCGCCUACAUAAGAGUCAGGUGGUACCUCUUACGGUACUGCAUCAAACUCCUGACCACGAGACUUUUGGUCACCCAUUCCAACUUCUUGUGGACCCCUAUUGGACUUUGGCUGAGAUUAAGUCUGCUAUUAAAGAGAAACUAUCUUUACCUAAGCGUGAAUGGGACCGUUGGUCCUUUUUUCAGCAGAUGGAUGGUUACAACCGUUCGUGGAAGGCCAAUGACGACCGGUUGGAUUGGGAAAAGAGUGAUGACAUAAAGCUACUGGCUGAGCACCCUAAGCCUUUUGACAAGUCGCGCAGUUUUUGUGCGAUGCGCAUCGGUUAAUGCAUCAUUUUAACCCUAUGUUAAAAUUCUCUAGUAUAUAUA